AUGGCCAACGGUGGCGUUACCUACUCAGACCAACAAACUCCCAGCGACUGGGCAGCAGACUUCAAUGCCAGGUUCGAGGCUGCUUGCAACCGUUUCUGGACACGCCUGGAGCAGAAACAUAGACCCAUACCACCAACACUGGUCCAUGCUGGGCCCAGCAUACACAGGGAAUGA